AUGACAACUAUGGAGCCACACGGCAGAGCAGAGCAAAACUUGAAGCGCGAGUUUGGACGCGUAAAGCGAUCGCUAUAGGUUUCUUGCCUUGUAAACUGAUAGUUAAGCACUGUGUUGUUGUUAUUUGCGCACGGGAGGCAGUGGUCCUAUGAAGCGGGACAAGUUCCUCUUCGCAGGCGCGAAAGUCAGCCCCUCGCUCUUAGCCAGCGAUGAGGCAAAAGCAAGCACUUCUGGUCGUGAGCUAUUGUUCUCGUUUGCGCCGGCAAGGAGCGGGGACGCUGGCAAAAUGGCAAGCUUGCCAUUUGCGAGCGCUACGCUAGCUGGCGCAAAGGGGCAAACACAUGUGGAAAUUGCUGCGCCAAAGGCGCCUGCGCCGUCCAGCAGCGGCGAGAAGCCGCUUCACGACGUUAUCGCAGGUGCCCUGGCUCGGGCGAUAAGCCAGGGAACCAUUCACCCGAUCGACACGCUUAAAGUCCGGCUGCAAGCGAAUGCAAAGUCAGCGCCCGCGGCGGCAGUGGCGCCAGCAGCGGGAGCGGCUGCAGCAGCUGCAGCAGCGGCGCCUGGGGCACGGAUGCAGGUGGCAUUACAAAAGGCGCUUACGGAAGCAAAGGUCCUCUACAAGGGUGUUGCGGGCGCGGCCACGGGCGCAGGCAUCAUCAUCGGCGCCUUCUUCGCCUUCUACUCCACCAGCAAGCGACUGCUGCGGGAAAAGACGGACCUUUCGGAGGGCACGGUGGCGUUUAUCGCCGGCGCGGUGGCGGCGGUGGGCAGCAGCGUGGUCAAGGUGCCCAUCGCCGUAUGCAUCCGCAGCGUGCAGGCGGGCGUGUACCCCAACGUCUUCGCCGCGGCUCGCUCCGUGGUGGAUCGGGCGGGGCCGCGGGGGCUGUUCACGGGCUUCCUGCCAACGUUGCUAGAGGACGUGCCGGACAUGGCUGUGAAGUUCGCGGUGUAUGAGACGCUGCGGGCGGUGCACAUGCGGCUGCACAACGACGAGCGGCCGAGCACGCUGGAGGACCUGCUGAUGGGCGGCAUUGCGGGCAGCGCCGCCGCCGCCGCCACCACGCCGCUGGACGUGGUCAAGACGCGCAUGAUGUGCACCGCCAGCGAACGACCCACCAUCACGCAGGCAGUGAAAGGCAUCCUGGCCGAGCGGCCGGGGAUGGGCGUGUUCUUUCGCGGCGUGGGCCCCCGCGCCCUCUCCAACGGCCUCAACAGCGCCAUCUUCUACUGCUGGUUUGAAAUCCUGCGGGCGCACCUGGCCGAGGCCAUGGCCCGCAAGCAGCGGGAGCAGCAACUGCUGCAGCGGCAGCAGCAGCAGGCGGGCGGCGUGGGGCGGCACGGCGCGACGGGCCAGGCGGUGCCUACACUGCUGCAGUCGCAGACACCGCCGUCCUCCCAACAGCAAGCGGUCGUGGUGGUGUCGCCGCCAGCGACCUCGUCCACACGUUCUGCCUCAGCCGCAGCCGGCGCCGCCGUGGGCACGGGGUCAGCGGCAGCGGGACCCGCGGCUACGGGUGCGUCUGCGCCUGCGUCGGGGUCUGGGACGCCGCCGCCACCGCGGGGAGGGCACCAGGCAGUGGCUUGCAUCUCGCUGGCGUUCGGCGGAGUGCGGCUCGCGGCCAGCAGCAGCGCGAGGGCGGCCUGCUCGGCGACGGCGACGACAAGCGCUGCAUCCAGCAGCAGCGGGAGAGGUGCGGGCGCGGGAGCGCCGGCAGUUGCGGCGACAGCAGCACCCGCCGAUGUUGCGGGGGCGGCGCACGCGCGGGCGGGGCGGCAAUGGGCGGCGACGAGCCUUGGGCAUGAUGCCGGAAUGCUGGGUGGCAGUGGCGGACCGCUCGCGUGCUUGUCGCUUGCGCUACCGGUUGGGAGGCGCUUGCACGGGCUGGGUGCUUGGGGGCUAAUGUGAGUGUGGUGGACACGCGUGCGGAGUUGCGUCUUGCGUCAUUGUAAUUGGGUUGGGUCAUUUGGAGGGAGGACGUAGGCUAGCUGUGGUAAUGCGGCGCCAUCGCGAUCGGCGUGUUCGGUGACUUGUUGGGUUUCAGAGCAGGGUUGAAGAGAGGCGAGUUUUGACGUGUGCGAGAGUGCUGCAGGUUGGCAGCUGAAAAAGGAGCGGGCGACACGAAAGCUUGGGAUGCUUGAAUGAUGGCGGUAUGGUGAUCGGACGUCUGCCAGCGGAAGUACGUUGUUUGAGUGCUUGAAAUUGUUGUUGUUCCUUGGUGGAGGGCACAGGCUGCGGCGUUUCCAGCUGCCCAUUCCACAUGUUUAGUUAGAUUCAGCUGCACAACGGGUGGCUGCAGGGGAGGGCGGCUGCAAUCAGCAAGAAAUGCAGGAGCCAACGGCCUUGUGGCCAGGACAUGCCGCGUUCCGUCUGCCUGUGGUAGCGGACAAAGCAUUGGAGCCUGCGAUCCGGUGCUCAAGUUGCAAUGUUGUAUGACAGCAGGCGGCGGCCUGACGGGGGCCAACUGCGGGACUACGGCGGCGGCCUGUGCGACUGUGCCUCCGUGUAAACGCAAAGAAGG